AUGUUUAUCUAUAUUAUUAUAAUAUUUAUAUUAUUUUCAAUUGUUAAUGGACAAAAAUUAGAUAAGUCAAGAAGUGUAUGGGUAGAACAAGGACUUGUAAGAGGGCAAAUUUAUAGAAUUGCAUCAAAACAAAUACAAAUAUUUAGAGGUAUACCAUAUGCUGAACCACCAAUAAAAAAUUUAAGAUUUAAAAAACCUAUAAAAAAAUCAAGAUGGGAAAGAGAAUAUUCUGCUAUUGAAUAUGGUCCACCAUGUAUUCAAUUUAUGGAUUUUCAUAAAUCUGAUAGAUAUGCUGGUGUUAAUAUGAAAAGAGAAAGUGAAGAUUGUCUUUAUUUAAAUAUUUUUUCACCUUAUAAUAAUGAGGAUGAAUCUAAAUUACAUCCAAUAUUAGUAUGGAUUCAUGGUGGAUCUUUUCAUGCUGGUUCUGCUGAUACUGGAAUUGAUAUGGAAAGUGUGGCAAAAAAUAUUGUUUUUCAUGGUGUAACAUUAGUUACAAUAAAUUAUCGUCUUGGCCCAUUAGGUUUUAUGUCUAUUAAUUAUGGUAAUUAUGUUGAGGGAAAUUUUGGUGUAUAUGAUAUGGUAUUAGCAUUAGAAUGGAUUCAACAAAAUAUUAAACAAUUUAAUGGUGAUCCAUCAAAAGUUACUGUAAUGGGUGAAAGUGCUGGUUCAGCUGCUGUUUCAGUAUUAGCAGUAUCACCUAUAACAAAAGAUCUCAUCCAUCAAGCUAUAACAUUAUCAGGAAGUAGUUUAGCACAAUGGGCUAUUCAUAGAUCUGGUCCAUCAAAUUAUGAGAUGAGUAAUAUUGCUGAUUAUAUUAGAUGUAAUAAAUUAAUUGGUGAACAUGAUGUUGCAGAAUUUCUUAAAACAGAAUUAGUUGAAUCAGGUGAAGAAAAAGUUAAAAAAUGUAAUUUACAAACAGUUAUACCUGAUUGUCUAACAAAUGGUGAAGAAUUAAAUACUAUAUCAAUGUUUAAAUGUUUUCAAAAUGAAGUUUUUUUUAAUGAUAGUAAUUUUAGAAAAAUAAUUGCUAAUGAAUUAGGUGUUAGUAGGAUGGUUGUUGAUGGAUAUCUUAUUACUGAUAAUAGUUAUAAUUUUAUUUUGGAUAAUGCAAGAAUACCUUUACUAGCUGGUGUUGCUAAAAGAGAAUGGGCACAUAAAAAAGGACAUUGGUAUAAUCUUAUUCAACUAACUAAUAUUACAAAAGAGGCUGUUGAAGAUAGGGUAAGAAGAACAAUAGAUGAAAAUUUUAAGCUUGGUUUAACUCAUAAAAUUGCCAAUUCAACAAUAGCUUUAAUUGCUAAUGCUACAAUGUUAAAAUAUAUGGAUGGUAUUAAUUUUAGUUAUUCUGUAGAUAAUAUUGUUAGAAAAUUACAAGAAAUUGAAGCUGAUAUUGAUUUUGUUGCACCAUGUCAGGCAGAAAUUGAUGCAUAUGCUGAAAAAAAUAUAAGUGUAUUUGCAUACUCUUUUGAUUAUGUUCCCCAAGGAGCUAUUAUUGAGGAAGGAAUAAAAUUAUAUCCAGCUUUAUCAAAUAAAACACAAAUAAAAGUUAGGCGUAAUCAUACAAGUACCAGUGAACAACCAUUAGAAGCAUUUCAUGGUCUUGAUCAUUCAUUUAUUUUUACUCAAGGAUAUAGUGCUAAUUUUCAAAUUGAACCAUUUACAAAAAGAGAUAAAGCUAUGAAUAAAUUAUUAACAAAAAUGUUAACAAAUUUUGUUAAAACAGGAAAUCCAAGUACAGAAAAAUUUAAUUGGUUACCAUUUAAAACUAAUGAAAAAUCAUAUACAUCAAUUAAUAUACCAUUAAAAAAAAUACAUGGUGAUAUACAUUGGCCAACACCAAGUUUCUGGAAUAAAGAAGCUAAAAUGUUAGCAGAAUAUGUUAAAAAAGAAUCAAAAGUUGUUGAUGAACCAUUAACAGCAUUAAAUAUUGAGGAACGUAUACAAUUAAAUGCCUAUCGUCGUGCAUGGGUUGCAUUAUGGGUAUUUGUUAUAGUGGUAGCAUUGUUGAUUUGGCUAUGUAUUAUUUGUAUAUUUUUUAAUAAAAGUCGUCAUGGAAUUUUUACAUCCAGACCAUAUGAUAAUAUUAUAAUUAAUCAUUAA